AUGCGCUCUUCUCAAAACAGAAUCCGCCGGUCUGCUGCGCUGCAAAGCUCGUCACUCAAUUCAGAUCAUGUGAGGCCAGAAUCUCACAGCAGAAGCCGACGGACAAAUCACAUCCCCCAAAGUCAAAGGAGCUCAUCCCAAGCUCAAGUUCUGCGAGACUCAAGACAGGCACGACCGGCUUCUUCUGGGGCAAAUCCUCUAGACGUGCCAGACCGAGAUGAUCUGGUCGACGAAGAGUUGGGCCAUGUGAUUGUCGCAGUUGACAUAAAAGACCAAGGGACUGUAGGAUGCGCUUAUUAUGUUGCUGAAAACGAAACACUUUUUCUGCUUGGCGAUGGCCGUUUUGGAGGAAUGGACGCUAUCGAUACCUUACUUCAUCAGAUUCAACCUACAAUUGUCCUGAAAACACCUCGACUUGAAAUUGUCUCAGCUCAAGGACGAGAACAGAGCCUAGCACAAGACAAUGAAUCAUCUGCCUACCUCCCAUACAAAGUAGAAACCCGGUCGGCGCAAGAAUUCAACCACUCCGACGCACAAGCUAGCCUUGUCCAAUUGGAAAUGUCAAAUUCUUCUGAGAACCGCACACGGUUUCUUGUUCCCAGUGGAGGUCUCUGUGAUCCUGAUGAAUUUGAUUCCCAGUCCGUCGGGUUCUCUGCCCGAGAAGGAAAGCUUUUGCACAUGUCAAGCUCAAUUGACAUGGGGAAUACCGUAUCCAUCGGAUGCGCUGGUGCCGUUCUCGCUGACUUACAACGACGCAGAGCAUCAGUCGCAAGAAUAGGAGCAUUGGAAGACAACAUCUUCAAAAUCCGGAGCUUGGAGAUGUUUAGUCUUCGUAACACGAUGUGGAUCAACAGCAAUACUUUCCUUUCCCUACAAAUCAUGCAAUCCGAGCAUCAUCCAGAUCUAUUCAGCCAGGUCCCAGGCUCAAAUUCAAGCAUUGCUAAGGAGGGACUCUCGGUUUAUGGCCUUUUCCGCCGAUUCACAAACACCCCUCAGGGCAAGGCAAGACUCAAGCAGAUUUUUCUACGUCCAACCCUCGACGCCGACCUUAUUCAUGCUCGUCAAACUUUUAUCGGUGUCUUUUCCCGACGAGAUAAUGUCACUCUGGUGGAGAGAAUCAUCAAAAGUCUGAAGCACAUCAAGAAUCUUCGUCCCGUGAUGAUCAAUUUGCGCAAAGGAAUAAGUACCGGCAGUGCCAAGAUGACAGGCUUCAAAGCUACGGUGUGGGCGAGCUUGCUGGCUUUUGCUUUCUAUUCAAUUGACAUCCAUGACGCCCUUCGGGAGAUGUCCGGCGCGGAUAUUGUGUCUGUGCGAUCUGAGGCCAUCAAAAAAUUCCAGGAGGCGCAGCUGUAUCGUGUUGGACGCAUCAUACAAGAGAUAGUUGAUAUUGAUAACUCAGAGGAACAAGGCAGAACUGUUGUCAAGCAAGGUCUCGAUCGAGAGCUUGACAAAAUGAAGGAUCGAUAUGACGGACUCAACAUUUUGCUCAAGAAUGUCGCAAUUGACAUUGCGUCCACGAUACCAGAGCAGCUUGAUAUCGACGUCAAUGUCAUUUACUUCCCUCAGCUCGGUUUUAACAUCGCCAUCCCUCUCAACGAGCAAGAUCAAGCUGCAUAUUCUGGCUCAAAUGGGGACUGGGAGCUCGUCUUCCUUACCGAGUCUCGAGCGUACUUCAAGGACUUUCGAAUGAGGCAACUUGACGACAAGCUUGGGGACAUCUAUGGGCUAAUAUGCGAGAGAGAAAUAGAGAUUGUUUACAACAUGGCUCAGAGAAUUCUCCAGUACGAGGACAGUCUUGUAAAGGCCUCUGAUAUCUGUGGAGAGCUUGACAGUCUUCUCGCCCUAACACAGGCCGCAAGCUUUUACAAGCUGAGCCGACCACGCAUCGUCUCCGAAAACAUCAUCAAUAUAAGCUUAGGCCGGCACUUACUUCAGGAAUUGACGGUGCCCUCGUAUGUUCCCAACAGUACAUUAUUGAAAGGGGGACCUCAUCUACAAAGUGACAACAAUGAUUCGCUGCCACAAGAAACUAUCCCACCCAGUAUGCUCAUAUUAACGGGCCCAAAUUACUCUGGAAAAAGUGUAUACAUGAAGCAAGUCGCUCUCAUUGUCUUUCUUACUCAGAUUGGAAGCUUUGUUCCCGCCGAGAGAGCAGAGAUGGGUAUAACAGACAAGAUUCUGACGAAGAUCACCACACAAGAAAGCGUAUCAAAUAUCCAAAGUACCUUUAUGAGCGACCUGCAGCAGAUCUCACUUUGUCUCAAGCAGGCAACCAGUCAGAGUCUCAUUCUGAUUGAUGAGUUCGGGAAAGGCACGAAUGAAAGUGAUGGCAUUGGACUCGCUUGUGGAGUCCUAGAGCAUCUGCUCACAAACGAGCAUCGCCCAAAAGUGAUUGCAGCCACACAUUUCCACGAGAUUUUUGAGAACGAUUUCCUUCCGCUCCGAUCUGGUCUUCAGUUGGGUCAUAUGGAAGUGAAGGUUAGCGAAGAGUCUCAAAAGAUUGAGGAUCAAGUUACUUAUCUCUAUAAUUUUCGUCUGGGUCGAAGCACCAAAAGCUUUGGGACCAUAUGUGCUGCCGCAAAUGGUAUCGAUGCUGCUAUUGUUCAACGUGCCAACGAGAUCGCAUUGCUCGCAGCUCGCGGCGAAAAUCUGAUCGCUGCAUGUGCAAUUUUGUCUGUCGACGAAGUGAAAAGCCUCCAGGAAGCGAACGCACUUGCUCGAAAAUUUGUCAAUUUGGAUUUCACCGAAGAUGACGAUGCGUCUAUUCGUGGGGUGCGAAGGAAGCUGCAAGAACUCCUUCAAUUAUCGAAAUAA